UACUUGAUUUACCUUCGGAAUGUUACGUAACGCACGACUGAAUUACCGAAGACAAACGUCAAAUUCCAGCAAUUCCGGUCAUAUGACUGGUCGUCGUAAGCUUUGUCGAUGCUUUUUCCCUUGUCGUUGUUACAUUGAGAACAUACAAGAAGGUCCAAAGUACAGGUUUUUCGUAGUAAUUCUAUUUCCGUUAAACACACCGCCGUAUUUUAAAUGUUCUCCAAUGAACAACGAUCAAAACGAGACAAAGCUGGACUCCUUGGACGAGAAUUUAGGCAGUUCAAUUGACAUACAGCUACAAGGUGCGAGGGAUGAACAGAUAACAGGAAACUGUCUUAUCUGCGGCGAUCGUUCCACUGGUAAACAUUACGGGGCUGAAUCAUGCGAUGGUUGCAAAGGAUUUUUUCGUCGAAGCGUGAGGAAAAACCAUCAGUAUUCAUGCAGAUUUCAGCGUACGUGUGAGAUAGACAGAGACAAGCGAAAUCAAUGCCGAUAUUGUCGAUUGAAAAAAUGUUUCCGUGCGGGAAUGAGAAAAGAAGCUGUACAGAAUGAAAGGGACAGAAUCAUUAGAAGGCCAUCUGAAGAUGCCAAUGGGAAUGGAAUUACAGCAAAUAUGCUUUUGCAAGCGGAGCUUCUCUCUCGCCCUCCACAGAAUAAUGCAGAAGAAGCUGCUCAAAUGAACCCAAGCAAAGAAGCAAAUCAAUCGGAAAUUUGUGAAUCAAUGCGACAACAACUACUUAUAUUAGUGGAAUGGGCAAAAUACAUUCCUAAUUUCUGCCAACUCAGUCUUGAUGACCAAGUAGCCCUUCUUCGAGCUCACGCAAGUGAACAUUUGCUGUUGGGCUGUGCUCGAAGAUCACUUAAACUCAAUGAUAUGCUAUUGUUAGGCACAAACUGUUGGGUAAUCUAUCGCACAACAGGAGAGCCAGAAAUUCAAAGAAUUGUCAGCAGAGUUUUGGAUGAAGUAAUUGAACAAAUGAAUCAUAUUAACAUGGAUGAUACAGAAUAUUCAUGUCUCAAAGCUAUUAUAUUCUUUAACCCAGAUGCAAGAGGCUUGACUGACACAAAAACAAUAAAAAAGAUUCGUUUUGAUAUCCAAACAACACUAGAAGAUUACAUAAAUGAUCGCCAAUAUGAGAAACGAGGUCGUUUUGGCGAAAUGUUACUGCUUUUGCCUUCACUUCAGUCUAUUGCUGCUCAAAUGGUGGAACAGCUGCAAUUUGUUAGAUUAUUUGGAACAACAAGAAUUGACAACUUACUGCAGGAGAUGUUGUUGGGAGGUUCAACCUUACCGGAUCAACUUGCAUCGCUGCAAGCAAUGAGUCCCGGUGGGGGAACUUCUCCCACAUUGUUGACAGGAGCCUUCCUCAAUGGCUCCUCACAAGUAUCACAUCAUGGCAUGGAUCAACUAGCUCAAGCAAGCAUGCAGUCGCCAAGACUGGCCACACAGAAUUCCAUCUUUAAUUCUUUGAACUUCGGACACAAUGCAAAUAAUGGCAAUUUCACUGGCAAUAAUGGUACCUUCACUGGGAGCAAUGGCUUCUCCAGCUAUACAAAUGAUAGCGUGAACAAUGUUGAAGUUAGAAAUCCUGACAUUGUUCAGACAUUACAUAAUCAAAAUUCGUCAAGUGUGAAAAAAGAGAAUGAAAGGAAAAAUCGUGAACCCUUUUUAAAUCACAAGUAAAAUACCCCUAUAAUCUGGGAAAAAAAA